CAGCAAGUCUGGGAUCAUGAGGAACGAUAACAGAGCCAGUCUGUCUUCAGUCUAGCCUUUCAUCCAGAGGUUUUAUCCUCAGUGACUUGUUGGGCACCAUGAGGUUGUCAGAGCUCAUGUGUUUUUGGCUGCUCCUGCUUGGGACUUUCCUCUCAGAGGCAGCAGGUGUCACCAGCACAGAAGCAGGAAGGAGGCGAGGAGGAUUUGAGAAGCGGAGGAAGAGGGUCCAACGUGGUCACUGCAGCUACACCUUUGUGCUGCCAGAGCUGGACGCCUGUCAGGGAUCGAACCUGCACACCAAUGGUCAUGACAGGACCGCUGUGGUCCAGAGAGACUUACCACCCCCUGCUGAUGGAGACUGGUCUUCACAGAAGCUGCAGCAUCUGCAGGUCACCAUGGAGAACAACACACAGUGGCUGCAGAAGCUGGAGAGCAGCAUCCAGAGAAGUGUCCGUGCUGGAGCUGCCUACAUUCCCGCUCUCUCUGUUCAGAACCAAACGGAAACCAUGUUGGAGAUUGGGACACGUCUUCUCACCCGCACUGCUGAGCAGACCCGCAAACUCAAUGUGGUGGAAGGAAAAGUCCAGAAUCACACAUCGAGAAUCGAGAUCCAGCUUCUAGAGAACUCUCUGUUGACCCACAAGCUGGAGAAGGAACUCCUGCUGCAGAACAGCCACAUCAGCCGGCUGCAAGAGAUGAACAGUCAUCUGGAGGACAAAGUGAAGAUAUUGGAGUCCCAGCAGAGAGGUGCACUGGAGGAUCUCAGGCAGGAGAAGAGACGGCUCCAGGUGAAGAACCCAAUGCUGUUGUUUCUUCUUUCUCCUGGUUCUCCUAUUGUGCUCCUGUUGCUGAUGUUUGGAGGCCGAUGUGUCCCACAGGCAGUGGUUAGAGCUCAGAUAGAGGCGAUCACGUCUCUGGAGGAGCAGUUGACAGUCGCCAGCAGAAACAACACAAUUCUGCAGAGUCAACACACACAACUAAUGGAGUCAGUACACACACUCAUCCACAUGGUGACUGGAGGAACAAGCUCCUUCCCCAGGACUCACCUGUGGAGAGACUGUGCAGACGCCUACAGAGCGGGUCAGUCCAGCAGCGGUGUGUAUCACGUCUACAUCAGCAACCAGACCGAACCUGUGCAGGUGUACUGCGACAUGGAGACAAGUGGCGGAGGCUGGACAGUCUUCCAGAGGAGAAUCAACGGCAGUGUGGACUUCCAGAGGACGUGGAGGGAGUACAAGAUGGGCUUCGGAGAUGUGUGGGGCGAACACUGGCUGGGGAACGAAGCCCUGUACCUGAUGAGUAGUGAGCGCCUGCACUCUCUGAGGGUGGAGAUGCGAGACUGGGAGGGGAACUCAGCUCACUCCCUGUAUGAGCGUUUCACUCUGGCCAGCGAGCGACAGCAAUACAGGUUGUACCUGAGAGGUUACAGCGGGACGGCUGGAAGGCAGAGCAGCCUGACCAUGCACGGGAGCGCCUUCAGCACACGGGACCAAGACAACGACAGCUGCGACCAUUGCAAGUGCGCCAUGAUGCUGACCGGAGGUUGGUGGUUUGACGCUUGUGGUUUCUCCAACCUCAACGGGAUGUACUACUCACUGGGCCAGAACAUCAGGAAGCUCAACGGAAUCAAGUGGCAUCAUUUCCACGGCCCCAGCUACUCUCUACGGGCGACCACCAUGAUGGUUCGGCCGCAUGACUUCUGACCGCACAGGAGGACCGGGUGGCAGCAGACAUUGACGUGUAGAUGUCAGACCUCCACAUGGAGACACAGAACCAUGAUGGAAGUUCUUCAGACGGGAAUGUGUACAGUGGUAUAAUGAGUUCACAGAUGCAACACCUGUCAGCGAAGAAACCCGACUCCUGGUCUUCAUGAAAUUCAAGGUGAAAAAUAUUAGUAAUAAUAUUAGCAAAAAUAUUAGUCCAAGGCUCAUCUGAGAGAGUAGCUCUGAUUUUUUAUAUCAACUGUCCCUGUAAAUGUCAUUUUUUUGUGUAGCUUUGUCAUUUGAUGAAGAAGUUUUGGUUUGUUGCCAACAAUACUCUGUAACUAGAUUACAUUUUCAUGCUGUUCUCUUUGUGUUUUUUUCUAAGAAAAACAUCCCUAAGAGUCACAAAAAUGAUUCUGCACUUUCUUCAUUAGCUUCAUCCACACAAUACUGAACGAAACACUGAUGAAACAGUAAUACAGGGGUCUCAAACUGACAGAGUCUUGGUGAGGCUGGACUAAAGGUUGGCGGAGUGAUGGUUUUGCGGUUUUGUCACUUGUCAUUCAUCAUUUUGUUGUUAUUUGUUAAAAUAGUUCUUGUUGGUAAUUCUACAUAAUGUCUAAGGAACAGGUUUCUUAAAAAAAUCCAAUAAAAGUCUGCUGUAUUUUGAGGCAUCCAAUGACGCUUUACAGGACUGAAACAUUUAUGUAAAGUUCUUGUACUUCUUCUAGUACAUUUUUCAUCCUUCUGUUCAGAUGCCGUGUGGUUGCAUUUUCUAGAUCCAAUGUGCCAAUAAUGGGAUUGUUUUGGUAGCAUUGACUUGGUGAUAUUGCACUGUAAGGCUUCAAAGGUAAAGCCUAAAUAUCAUCCAAUGGAA